AUGGCUGAAACUACCUCUGCUACUAUCACCACUGCUUCUGCGGAUCAACUUCACCAUGUUAACAUGGCGAACGUUACCAAACUCACUGCAUCAAACUUCUUGAUGUGGAGUCGCCAGAUCCGUGCCUUGCUCGCCGGAUACGGUCUUGCCGGUUACCUUGAUGGAACGACAGUGGCUCCUGCUCCCACUGUUCUUCGUGAAGGUCACACCAUUCCUAAUCCUGCGUAUGUUCUUUGGCAACGACAGGAUCAACUCAUUGUUGCGAGUCUCCUUGGUACAAUCUUGGUUGAGAUUCAGCCCAUCCUCUCUAAGGCGUCAACCACCACACAGAUCUGGAUUCUUCUUACCUCUACCUAUGCGAAACCUACAUGGGGACACAUCAAACAACUCUAG